AGAAGGAACUGCAGUGCAGAAGCUUCGCCCACGCAGAUGUUUAGUACAACACCAGGGGAAGGACACCCGUGUGUGUGGCCUGGCUGUAAGUUAAGCCUGGACUCCGCAAGCGCUCUGUCAGCCCAUAUACGCACGCACACGCAUCCGCACGCCUGCGACCAUCCCGGAUGUGAGAAGGCGUAUACGACGAAGUUCGAUCUUAAAACACACAAACGAAUUCAUACGGGCGAAAGGCCGUACAAGUGUGACUAUGAAGGUUGCACGAGCAGCUACACGCGCGCGGCCUUUUUAACCAUCCACAAACGCAGUCAUACGGGAGAAAAGCCGUAUAAGUGCACCCACCCCGGGUGUGACUAUGCAGCUGCACGUCUGGACUACUUACAAGUCCACAUGCGGUCACACGAUGGCACAAAGCCCUAUGCCUGUGACUUCCCGGGCUGCGGCAAAACGUAUGCCCACGCUCACUCACUUAAUAAGCAUAAACGUAUACACACCGGCGAGAAUAAGAAUUUUACCUGUACGCAUGAUGGGUGUGGUAGAAGGUUCAAUAGUUUAUCCGACCGAACCAGGCACGAGCGAAGUCAUACGCGUGAUAAGCCGUACAAAUGCGAAUUUCCCGAUUGCGGCAAGGGCUUUGCGAGAAAAUCUUAUCUAGACACGCAUAUACUCUCGCACACGGGAGAAAAACCUUAUGCAUGCACCCACCCGGGUUGCGGCAAGCGGUUUAUUACAUCGAGCUAUCGUAAUAUGCACAUGCGCACAAAGCACCAGGCGGAUGACGCUUCAGCUGUCUAAACAGUUCGGUACAUAGCUACUCUGUGAUAUAACCACGCAGUGCAAACGCCAGCAUUCUGGUUGUACCAAGGCGUUUGCGAAACGGGCCACCUCACACACAACCGUACAUACACAGCG